UUCACUGGGAUGAGAGGGUACUUAUGUAGGGGAGUGACGCCACCUGAAACUGUGUAGUAGCGAGACUUUCUGUCCCAGACGUCCGUCGUUUUUACUGGUGUCUGUUGUUCAGCACAGCCUGCCACCAUGCCCACUGACGCCCAAAGCGAUGCCCGCUCCUUCCUGACUGAGGAGAUGAUUGCAGAGUUUAAGGCUGCCUUUGACAUGUUUGACACCGACGGUGGCGGUGAUAUCAGCACCAAGGAGUUGGGCACCGUGAUGAGGAUGUUGGGCCAGAACCCAUCAAGGGAGGAGUUGGAUGCCAUCAUUGAGGAGGUCGAUGAAGAUGGCAGCGGUACCAUUGACUUCGAGGAGUUCUUGGUCAUGAUGGUGCAGCAGCUAAAGGAGGACCAGGCUGGAAAGAGUGAAGAGGAGCUUUCAGAGUGCUUCCGUAUUUUUGACAAGAACGCAGAUGGUUUCAUCGACCGGGAGGAGUUCGGAGAUAUCCUCCAUCUCACUGGAGAGACGGUGGCAGAGGAAGAUAUCGAUGAGAUGUUCGGUGAAGCAGACACAAACAAAGAUAAUAAGAUUGAUUUUGAUGAGUUUCUGAAGAUGAUGGAGAACGUCCAGUAAUGAGGCCCGCUCUACAUUCCUUGGUGACCCUUCCUCAGAGAGAAUACAAAGCACGCUUAUCUGCUGGAGAUCUGCUCAGUGCAAACUCUAGAUGCUGUAAAAGCCUGUGCAAUUAUGAAUGCGUUUCUGAGAUGUCUAAAUGGAUACAAGUGAAAUACCUCCACCCCACCCUUCCCCCCUUACUCAUAUGAAACCCAGGGGCUCUGGGAGGAAUUCUAUAAAUAUCCACUCAAACCUUUUAAGACGAUGGCCCUUUCCCCUGACCGCCUCCUUGUGCCUGCCACCCAGCUGUCCCCCUGACAGCUGCUGUUUCACCAGAAAUGCUACACCGACAGCUUAAACCCCCCCACCCUCUCUCUUCCUCCUCUUCCUCAGAACCUAAUAUCCUCUCCACCCUGUUCUGUGCUUUCUAAAUAAAUCCACUUUCUCCUUGUU